CGUGUAUUUCUUGCGAAAUCUCUCGUGUUUGUGCCAGGCACCGCUGGAGAUUUUGUGGCGAUGAUCCGGCGGAGCGAUCCAACCUCGACACGCCCCAAUCCGUCGCUGACAACUCGAAAUCCUCCCCGAUCGAAGCUCCCGAGGCCGCAUUUCCGCGAGAAAUCCCGCACAGAGAUGAGAGCUCGUACAGGGAAGAAAAAUUUCUCCCGAUGAGGGACGAGCAAGGGUCGAUGUUCUUGGUGGAGCGAUUCGGGGGCGCCAGAUUCCACGUCUGGAAGAUGAGGAUGCAAAUGCUGCUGGUGCUACACGAUCCGUGGGGCGUGGUGAGCGGAUCGGAGGCCCGGCCGGGAGAAUCCGCGAGGAAGGAAGAACGCCUGGAGUUUGAGAAGACGGACGCGAGAGCGCGAGCGAAUAUGUUGCUCCAUCUCGAGGACAGGCAGCUAAUGCAGGUGUGGCAUGGGAUCUGGGAUUUAGGGUUCUAGCGGCCGGAUAGAUAGAAAGAAUGCUAGUGGCGCGUCCACAGCUAGCGCUUUGGCGCAGUGGUAGAGGCUGGAAUUCUUCGUCGGUUCCAGCGAGAAUUCUGGCCAGGGGAACUCACGCAUUGGGCGAGUACCAUGGCACUAUCCCGGAGGAGACCGUGAGCACUAGAAUCGACGUGUGGCUCUCGGGUCAGCUCCCGCAUACCAGUCGAGCUCGCGUCCAAGACAGCAUUCGUAAGGGGCUUGCUCUUGUCAAUGGGAAAACCAUCACCAAGCCUUCGUUUCCUGUCAUUGGUGGUGACGAAGUUGUCUGUACGCUCUGCGGUGCUGCUCCUUUGGAAGCUACCCCUGAGAGAAUUCAGCUAGACAUUGUUCAUGAAGAUGAUCAUGUGAUUGUUGUCAACAAGGCUGCCGAUAUGGAUGAACAGUCCCAGCUGAGUUUGAGCGAGCAAUUUAAAUCUCGGAAAGUCCGAAGAACCUAUCUGAGUCUUACGUGUGGUACACCUUCAACGACGAGCGGCCGCAUUGAGGCUGAAAUCCUUCGUGAUCCGCGAGAUAGGAAACGCAUGACGACGUCAGAUACUGUUCCAUCCGCCCGAAAUGCGCGUUUUGCUGCAAGCAGGUACAAGGUUCUAGACGUUCUCGCAAAUGGUGGUGUGGCUCUUGUUCAGUGGAAGCUGGAGACAGGGAGAACUCAUCAAAUAAGAGUUCAUGCACGUUACAUGGGUUUCCCGCUGCUUGGGGAUGAUGUGUAUGGAGGAACAGUGGGAAAAGCGAAUUCGACUCUAUUUUCCGCUCUAAGCGCGACUAAAACGAACAGCCGAAAGAAGAUUCACGAGUUCACAUCGGACAUUCGUCGCCCUUGUCUGCAUGCCUAUAGCCUCGGGUUCGAGCACCCUGCCACAGAAAAGUACGUCCACUUCACAUGUCCUCCUCCAGAAGACUUCGAGGAGGCAUGGACAAGGCUCCGAGACAUGAAACCGGAAGCAUAACUUUCAGCGUUGGUGGCUUUGGACAACACCGAAGCCUCUCUGGACCAUAUCAUCUAGCAGCUCGCAAGCGUCCUCAUCGCGAUUGGCCUUACGAAACGCAUCAAUGAGAAGGUUAUAAGUCCCGAUGUUUGGAACACAGCCCUUCUCUAUAUACCCGCGAGCUCGAUCAAGCAUACCAGCAUUGCAAAGGCCAGUAAUCAAAUGUGGAAUACGUUA